GGGCGGCGCGGCCGAGCCCGUGCCCGGCUCCGCGCUGGGGCUGGAACCGCUCCCGCGGCCACGGACACACCGCAACGCCGAUCCCGCCGGGGAAAGCGGCUCCCCUCCCGUUCCCCCGCGGCCGGGAGCCGAGGCCCUCCCUCCGCUCCCUGCCCUCCGGCAGGCUGAGGGGGCAAGGGAGCCCGGUCCGUCCCGCGGCGGAGGGGCUGAGGAGGCAGCAGAGCCCCCUUGCCCCCGUUCCCCUGCCGUGCUUUUCCACCGCUGGGAAAGAGCUUCCCUGUCCUAACCCGUGCCCUGGCAGGAAGCGGGAUCCCCCUGCCCUCACCCCUGCCCUUUGCUCCGCCGAGCGGAGGGUGAGUCAGGCUCCUGGCAGGUGCCAACAGAAGCUGGUUCCUACUUCCAAGGGAAAGCGGGGGCAUUUUCCCUCCCUCUGCUGCUUGCUUUCUCCCCGCAGGUGGUGGGGCUGGACCUUCCGCGAGCCCUCGGGCCUGUGAAGCUCCGGGCAUGGCUGUCGGUGGGGUCGGGAGCUCCCUGCUGCUGAUGUCCGGCGUCGUGGUGACCGUGGGGCUGUGCCGAAGGCUGGCUCGGCGCCGGCUGCGCUCCCGCCCGCUCCUCUUCGCUUUCCUUGUGGAGAUGUUCAGCACCUUCCAGAUUUGCGCCUGCACGAACGAGCUCAGCCUGCUCGGCAACGUGGAGCCGAAGCCGCACACCGCCCUCACCCUCACCUACGGCUUCACCGUCCUGCACGGCCUGACCCUCGCCGGCAGCACAUGCAAUCCCUGCGGGACCCUGCAGCCCGUGUGGGGCGGCGGGACGUCGCUCAGGAUGGGGGGACUCAAGAUCGCCGCUCAGUUCAUGGCUGCAGUGCUCGCCAGAGUGUUCAUGCACUUUAUCUGGAGCCUGGAGAUGGCAGAGCCACAUCUUGGAGCACUCUCACAGGGCUGCAGCAGCCCCAUGCAGACUACAGAGAUGCAGGCGUUCUGCAUAGAACUGCUCUUUUCUGUCGUUUUCCAGCUGGCCGUCCUGCAAGCCGAAAGCGUUAAUCCCAAAUACAGAGUCCAUUUAAUUGCUCUUCUCAUCACCAUGCUCGUGUAUGCAGGUGGAAAUCUCACAGGAGCAAUAUUUAACCCAGCACUGGCUUUUUCAUUACAUGCAGAUUGUUUCUAUGACAAAUUUUUGAGUUACUCACUAGUAUAUUGGCUAGCACCAUGCUUAGGUACAAUACUCGUGGCUUUUAUAUGGGAUGAAAUCUUUCCUCGGAAAUCUUGAGACCUCAAAUCCAGAAAUCUGGGAGCACAUUAAAAAAUAUUUUCAACAUCUGCAGACAUAAAGCUUUCAGAGAACUGUUGACAGACUUCUGUGCCAUCUUUAUGCUGUAUUUUCAGAUUUCAUGUUUGAAAUAUUUGACUUACCAUUUUGUAUUCAAAUAAUUAUUUUGUAAAUGUGAUUGGGAUUUUGGGAAUAUCUCCCACCAUUUUUAGUUAAGCCAUAUGAAUGUGAAGGACUGUUAAAACACAAAUUUGUCACUUUAGCCAUAAGUGCCAUUUGCUGACCUUUAUUAGCAUGCAAAAAUCAUUUUAGAGAAAUAUCCCGUCCUUUCAAGGUUUGAUUUUAUUGGAUUUCUUCCCAUUGAAGGCACUUGCAAAAAGGAAGCUGAAGAUUUCUUAUACUGACAUUACCAUAUUCCUACUUGCCAUAUACCUACCUCUGAGAGGAAGAAAGGCUACACUACUCCCUAGAAAAGUCUCCACAGCUCUGUUCUAGAGGCACCCUACACCAAAAUUAAAAGCCUGUAUGACCAAGAUUCUUUUAAUAAUGAUAAUUUUAAUACCUGAGUGCAGGUAAGUAAUCCCUCACUUCCUUCCAGGAAGGCUCUGUCACAUCCUGUCCCAUUGGAGACUGUUGAAUGUUUACCUUGGUUGGAAAAGCAGUAAUAAAAUACCAUAACAUUCUGUAGACACACACAUCAAAUGGUAUUUUAGGCAAAAACCCUCGACUUUUUAUCAGCAAUUACUGCUGCCUCUUCACAUAGACAUGGUAUAUAGGGAUGAAUCAUGCAGUAAUCAAUUUGUCCUUGAUUUUAUGUAGCUAUUACCAACUUCUUUAAAAAACAAAUGAAUCUGCAAUACAGGAGAAUAAAUAACAGAGAUAAAAACCUACAGGAAAGCUACACACACAAGCAUGCCCUUUAUAACCUCAGCUGAGGCAAACACCACUGAUGGGUACUACCCUCUGAAGUUCUGUUUAUAGCCCGAGGUUUCUUCUUCUGGCUGCAGCUUAAUUUUUAAACAUGCCAAAAUGUAUUUCUGAAAUUUAAGAGUAAAUUCAGUUUUUCUUUUUAUGGUUACUUGGUUUGAAAGGAGAGAUGGUUAACAAAUUCUACAAAGAUCUCAGUAUCAUGUCCCUCACCUCAUCAUCCAAGUCACCCUACAAACCAUAUUUUAAGAGAAAAGGAAUCAGAUGGGGGGGGUUCUCACAGUAAACUGAUGAAGUCUUUAACAGCUACUAUUGUUAGCUAUCUUUUUUGGAAGAGUUUGGGAAGUAAAUAUUUCCAUGUAAUUUCUUCCUUGUUGCAAUAAAAUCUUUUCUCAUUUUA